AAAAAAGGAGGGACUAUGGCAUCAAACAGCCUCUUCAGCACAGUGACACCAUGUCAGCAAAACUUCUUUUGGGAUCCGAGCACCAGCCGGCGCUUCAGCCCUCCCUCCAGCAGCCUGCAGCCCGGCAAGAUGAGCGACGUGAGCCCGGUGGUGGCUGCGCAACAGCAGCAGCAGCAGCAACAGCAACAGCAGCAGCAGCAGCAACAGCAGCAGGAAGCGGCGGCGGCGGCAGCUGCGGCGGCGGCAGCAGCGGCGGCCGCGGUGCCCCGGUUGCGGCCGCCCCACGACAACCGCACCAUGGUGGAGAUCAUCGCUGACCACCCGGCCGAGCUGGUCCGCACCGACAGCCCCAACUUCCUGUGCUCUGUGCUGCCCUCGCACUGGCGCUGCAACAAGACCCUGCCCGUGGCCUUCAAGGUGGUAGCCCUCGGAGAGGUACCAGAUGGGACUGUGGUUACUGUCAUGGCGGGUAACGAUGAAAAUUAUUCUGCUGAGCUCCGAAAUGCCUCUGCUGUUAUGAAAAACCAAGUAGCAAGGUUCAACGAUCUGAGAUUUGUGGGCCGGAGUGGAAGAGGCAAGAGUUUCACCUUGACCAUAACUGUCUUCACAAAUCCUCCCCAAGUAGCCACCUAUCACAGAGCUAUUAAAGUUACAGUGGAUGGACCCCGGGAACCCAGAAGGCACAGACAGAAGCUUGAUGACUCUAAACCUAGUUUGUUCUCUGACCGCCUCAGUGAUUUAGGGCGCAUUCCUCAUCCCAGUAUGAGAGUAGGUGUCCCGCCUCAGAACCCACGGCCCUCCCUGAACUCUGCACCAAGUCCUUUUAAUCCACAAGGACAGAGUCAGAUUACAGACCCCAGGCAGGCACAGUCUUCCCCGCCGUGGUCCUAUGACCAGUCUUAUCCCUCCUACCUGAGCCAGAUGACGUCCCCGUCCAUUCACUCCACCACCCCGCUGUCUUCCACACGGGGCACGGGGCUUCCUGCCAUCACCGACGUGCCCAGGCGCAUUUCAGAUGAUGACACUGCCACCUCUGACUUCUGCCUCUGGCCUUCCGCUCUCAGUAAGAAGAGCCAGGCAGGUGCUUCAGAACUGGGCCCUUUUUCAGACCCCAGGCAGUUCCCAAGCAUUUCAUCCCUCACUGAGAGCCGCUUCUCCAACCCACGAAUGCACUAUCCAGCCACCUUUACUUACACCCCGCCAGUCACCUCAGGCAUGUCCCUCGGUAUGUCCGCCACCACCCACUACCACACCUACCUGCCACCACCCUACCCCGGCUCUUCCCAAAGCCAGAGUGGACCCUUCCAGACCAGCAGCACUCCAUAUCUCUACUAUGGCACUUCGUCAGGAUCCUAUCAGUUCCCCAUGGUGCCGGGGGGAGAUCGGUCUCCUUCCAGAAUGCUUCCGCCAUGCACCACCACCUCGAAUGGCAGCACGCUAUUAAAUCCAAAUUUGCCUAACCAGAAUGAUGGUGUUGACGCUGAUGGAAGCCACAGCAGUUCCCCAACUGUUUUGAAUUCUAGUGGCAGAAUGGAUGAAUCUGUUUGGCGACCAUACUGAAAUUUCCUCAGCAGUGGCCCAGCGGUAUCUGGGAGCCGCAUCCCAAAUGUAUCAAUAUAUACAUAUAUAGAGAGAGUGCAUAUAUAUGUAUAUCAAUGAGCUAUCUGCAAAGUGCCUAUUUUCUAGAAGAUUUUUCAUUCCCUCACUCAGUCAUGAUCUUCCAACCGUUAAGAGGGUAGAGAUACUGAGAAGCAAAAGGCCCGAGAGACACCAUCCUAUCUAGGUUCCAGGUUGUUUUCUACUUAAAAUGUACUUUUACAAACCUAGGAAAAAGGUAUUUUUUUGUUGUGUUGUUGUUUGGCCUGUUGCCACAAAUCAUCUGUUCCCAUGGCAAGUCAGAGAGGUGGACUCCAGGUUCAGGAGGAAGAAGAGCAAAGCCACUUCCUCUCUGUGCUUUGAUACCACACACCCUCGUGGUGGCGGCUAUGUCUGGACCCGUGCAUUCUGCAGACCAGCUUCCAAAACCGGUCGAGGUGCACAUCAAGGGCAAAGAGGGAGAAUGGAUGGUUCCAUCACAGUACCAUCCAUUCCGAGUCACUGUCCCAAACUUUGCUUUCAGACUUGCCGUGAGUUCUCAUCUGAACUGUUUGGUUCAGUUUUUGUUCUUGUUUUUUUUUUUUUUUUCUUUC